AUAAGUGACGAGUCGCCUAUGUUGAGUGCGCGGCCAUCUUGUUGAAUGAUUGUCAAUGGUGUUUCCGGUUAACCGGAACUAGCGUUGUCAUUUUGAAAAUGUAAAAAAAUUCGAAGUAUUUUUGAUAAAAAUUAGUGUUACGUUAAUUGUGGGGUUUGUUUUGGAACGGGUUGUUUUUUUUAAGUGGGUUGCAUUUGUUUUGAUUGCUUUUAAUGAGCGCCAUCUGGUGCGUAUGAGAGGAAUUAUUGUCAUAGUGCGCUUGGAUUGGAUGUAAUGUCCGAGCAAGAAAAUCAAUUAUCGACGUAAUUAAGUGUUUGUGGUGUCGAAUUGUUGAUGAAUGGUGGAAAUGUGUUAUUUUCGUUGAUUCGUUUGAGAAAAAAGUGUUAAGAACGUGGUGUCGGUGAAAUUUUAUUUGCAAGUUGUCAUGGCGGCUGAAGCGUCAGCCAAUAGGAACGCGCCGAUCGUCGGUUGUUAGGUGUUCUUUUUCGCUUGUGGGAUACGCGUCAUCCGAAGAAUUAAGUGCGUCCUUCUGGUUAGAGGAAGGAUUUGUUGGUUCGAUUUGGGGCUGAUUUGUUGCAUUUGAUGACUUGAAUCGAGAUGAGGACUUAGUGAGUGGUAAAUGGGCGCGUAAAAUGUGUUUAAUGUUGUUUGUCACGUGACGUAGCCGAUUUAGUAUGGCGAAAAGAUCGACUGAACGACCAUGAAUCGUUUCGAGCAACAUUUUUGACAUUCGCAUUUGUAUACAAACGUUUGGUGAGCUACCACGUGCAUUAUUGACAGUUACACGACACGAUGUCAACCCGAGGCCUAAAGAAGCGGGGGCGGCCCCCCAAAGUCCAAGUCGCUGAAAGAACAAAAAAAUUCCAAUAUCACCUCCUCAAAAAGCCGAAAUAUCUUCUCAAUUAUAAUAAAGGCUCGGAUUCGCAGUCCAGCACGCCGAACGCGUCGCGAGCCUCCUCCCCCCAGGGCAGCGACGCCGGCAGACGCAGCAGCAACCGAAUCAGAGGCAAAGACGGACACAGAGCGGGCCGAAAGCCGGGCUACACGGGCUCCAGCUACCAACGACGGGGCUACAACACGUCCGGUGUGGAAUACCACGACUCUGAGUACCACUACGGUUCCGAUUUCGGCGACGAUUCCAGUGACAACAAGAGCGAAAUCGAAGAUGAACUCGGGCUCAGUGAAAGUGAAUCAGAAAACUCCGUUGGGGACCCUAGCAGUGAUAGUGAUUUUUCUUUGAGUAGUUAUAGUACGAUGAGUGGCACUCCGCGACGGGCCCUCACUGGCGCCUCGAGACCCAUCACACCGGAGCCUCUAUGGCUGCAAAAUCGCGACAUACCACCCUUGACACUCCCCAAAUCAUCCGACGACUUAUUAGUACCUAGAGAACACGUCAUGUCCAUACUUAGUAUUUACGAAGUUUUGAGACACUUCCGCAAUUUAGUCCGGUUGUCGCCGUUUCGUUUUGAGGAUUUUUGUGCCGCUAUUAUCUGCGAAGACCAAAGCAGUCUUCUAGCCGAAGUUCAUAUUAUGCUUCUCAAAGCACUUCUAAGAGAAGAGGAUUCACAACAGACACAUUUCGGUCCGCUGGAUCAAAAAGAUAGCGUCAAUAUCUCCCUCUAUCUAAUCGACUAUAUUACAUAUCCGGAAGUUUUGCGAAGUUAUGUAGAGAGCGACAAAAGUUUCGAUCAGAAAGUUCUCCAAAUUUUGACAAACUCAGAUUACCCUUUUACUUCUUUGGACGACAGAAUUGCAGUCUUGCAGUUCUUGACAGACCAGUUUUUAACCACUAAUCCCGUCAGAGAAGAUUUGUUGAGCGAAGUUCCCAUGCACUAUGAUGACCAUUGUCGGGUGUGUCACAAACUGGGCGACCUUUUAUGUUGUGAAACUUGCCCAGCAGUGUAUCAUCUGGAAUGUGUGGAUCCCCCCUUAGUCAAUGUACCUGAAGAAGAUUGGCAGUGCGGAAUUUGUCGUUCGCAUAAAGUUUCUGGUGUUGUCGAUUGUGUUUUAGACGUAGAAAAGCAAGGACAGCUCUCUAGGCAAGAACAUAUUGGUUAUGAUCGACACGGACGGAAAUACUAUUUUUUAUGUAGAAGAAUUUUUGUAGAAAGUGACAAUGGAGAGGUACAUUAUUACUCGUCUAAGACACAAUUUGAAGAACUUCUCAAAGUGCUGGAUAAUAAUGACAUGGAGGCGGCUCUUUGUCGCGAAUUGAAUGAGUACAAAGACGAAAUUGUAAGACAAAUGGAUCUUACUGAAAAAUUAACAAACCAGCUGAAAGGAAAUAAGAAAACUUAUUUAGAUGCGGAAAAUGCUUUAAUAAUUAAAACAAAUAAAGAUAUUGAAGAUAGACUGGAAGAAGAACGCAAGGAACGAGUGCGACAAAACGCCGAAGAUAUGGUUGCUAAAAUGCACGAAGAAAGUUCGGAUGCAUUUCCAGAAUCUGUGUCCGAGGAAACAGUUGAAACGUCAACUGCAGCUGAUGCUAAUCAAUCAACUACCACUACUAGCGAAGAAUCAGAAAAGAAUGAAACUGAAGAGGAAGAUAAAGAAUCAAAUAAAUCACGAACCGGCACUCCGGCCCCAAAAAAUGUCAGUUUGGACGAUUUGCGUAAACGUACAACUGCAGUUUUGAACCGAGAUGACGAUAAAAACGGCGAUGCUUCUCGAAUGACCCGACUCAAGUCGAGUCAAAUAGCGAACGGAACUUAUUUAUUCAAACUCGGGAUGGAAAAUACGUUUAAAUCGUACGUCAAUCAAUUUACAACAAAUGUUAUAGCUUUAAACAAACCACAAAGAAACGAAGAGAGGGAUAAGAAGAGACAUCUCUCGCAUAAAUUCUCUCUAACGCAAGCAUCGGAAUUUAAAUGGGCGGGGGCUUUGAGUGGCAACCGCACAAUUCUGUUAAACACUUUAAGACAGACAUUCUUACAGUUGGAACAGUCUAUACAGUCGUCUUUUAUGCACCCGAAUUGGCAAUUAUUGCGGAAACAUUGGUUGAACAUCGUCGGUGGGUGUCAACAACCGAAAGAUUUCGCGAGGGCUUUGAUCGUACUGCAGGCUUGUAUCAAACCUGUGGUAUUUGCGACCGUUUGGCACGAACAAUUGGGUCACAUUAAAUUAUCAAGGAUUACUGCCGUUGAACGUGAAGAAAGAAAGAAAAUAGAGAAACGCGAAAAGAAGGAACGUGAAGAGGAGGAGGAACGAAAUCGGAUGUUGAUUAGUGGUUACGUAAAGUACACUAUGGGUUUCAAGCACCAAUUGUGGAAACAGAAAGGCGAGGAGUACAGGAUACAUGGCCGAUGGGGUUGGUUGUGGUUAUCUACCUCUAGGAAUUUCAAGCAUGUCAAUUCUAAUGAGAUGGGAUUAGCGGCAGAACCUCUGAAAUAUAUGGUGCAGCUUUCUGACGAAACCGAUAGCAAAGUUGUAGGUUUAGAACCUGAGAUGUAUAAGUAUGUUUUGAGCAAAUAUGGCAAGGAUAAUGAGGAUAAAGAUGACGACUCCGAGUUAAAAAAAUUAAGAAUUGUGCCUGCGCCUGAUUGUUUUGAUGAAUUGGACGUUUCUAAAGCUUUACAAACUAGUAGUCGACUCUUGUUUCCGAAGGUAGCAAAAAAAUCGAAAUUGGACGACUUGUUGGCGAGGCGUACCCAAUUGAAGACUUUGGAAGAGCAUAAAAUAUCGCAAACGAAAAGCGAAGACAAUCAGAAAGAAGACGAAGCAGUUGAUGUUGAAGGAGACGAUAAUGAAAAUGAUACAUCAUUAGGUUUAGAUAAACAAUUGAAUAAUAUGUUAGUAGGAAAAGUCACGUUACCAAACAAUACACCACAAACGACAGCUAAUCGUGAAGUACUAAAUUCGAUAGCUAAAAAAAUACAUUCGUUGCGUUUGCAAUAUACUUCGAUUUCGAAAUUAGCUAAAGAUUUUCAAUGUUACUCGAAAGGUUGCAAUUCGAGCGGUAGUACCAACAUUGAAACUAAUUGCUACUCGCCGCUGUGUAUGCAAAGGAUCAAAGUGCGACGUGAAUUAUUGGCGCUUUUGCGUAAAGCGAAUUUAGCAACGAAUUCAAAUGCGAUGAAAUUACCAAGUUCGCCGAUUGCAACAAACAAAAAGCCUUCGAUUUUGGAGCAGACAUUAAAAGCACCACAACAAGCACCAGUCAAAGAGAUACCAACUGAAUUUUUGAAUGUUUUUAAGUCGGCAGCGACUUAUGUCGAUGAAAUGGAUGGUGUUUGUGUUCAGGGAGUUCCGAUCGUAAAAAAGGACGAAAUUAAGGAGGAAAUAGACGAUAAGAAAGUGGAAAAAAAGGUCGAAAAUGCUGUUGAUAUUGUUACUUCUGUUGAAAAUGAUAGUUUUGAGGAAAGUCCCCCGAGAAAGAAGUUUAAGUCAGAGGAGAGUGACGUCGAUAUGGAUGAUAUGACAGCCGAUGAUAUCAAUGAGAUGAUUGUGGGGGCUAAUACUCCUUUAAAUAAGAAGAGUAUAACUAUUACAACUACUACAACCGCUACUGUUACCACACAACAAACUAUUGUAGAUGGUGUUGUUAAAAGUAUGUCGGCAAGUGAAAGUACCUCCGAUACUGUUACAGUAUCAUCUAAUAUUAACGGUGCUAGCAGUACUGUCCAAUCAAUGAAUGCCAAAACAUCGGUAUAUAGCGCACAACAAAAUCGCCGCUUUUGUGCUUUUAAAAAUAUGGUCAAACGGGAGGAGAAGACAGUCAAGACUGAACACGCAGAAGACGGAACUGAAAGAGUCUACACCAAAGUAUCAACAGAAGGUAAAAUUUACCUAAAACGGGUACCCAACCACAUAGAAACAAAGCGUAAGAAGCGACAAAUCAUCAAAUAUCCCGUUUGUUCGACUUACCGCACUAAGAAAUGUAAAAGUUCGCUAUUGGUACUACCACAACACGAGGUCCGAAAAUUGGCCCGACAUGCUGGUCGAAUCCACAUUAACGGAUACCACGCGUUAGCCAAACCGAACAACAGUGUAUGGCCGUACCCCUGCGCUCGGCCGUUGUUUAAAACAUGUUGGGUUUAUCGAACUGGAAUUGUUAAAUCGUUGGCUGCUGUAGCGCUACAGUUGCGAAUCUUGUGGUCGUGCUUAAGAUGGGAUGACAUGCAAACUAAACCUCCAAAUACCGAAGGCAAACACCAGGUGACCACCGAGACCGAGAUAUUGUCGUUGGAGUUGUUGAAACAUCGACAUGUGGGCCAGUUUAUGGAGAAGACGCAGUAUUUACGCCGGAAGGUUGUUAUACCUUUGGAGUUGCCUAAAACUGUCAGAGAGGUUACAUCGAUUCGUAGCGGUUUACGCAAACGCAAGCGUCCGGAGUCGCCUCAAAGCACCGACCCUCAAGUCAGUGAGGAAUGGGUCGACGAGGAUAAACUCGAGCUUUGGGAGAUCAAACAGUACGGCGAAAGGAUAGAGAAGGCUAAUGCACAAGUUAUAACUAGGAGUCGAACCGGAAAUCUUCCGCCGGCGAAAGCCGUCGUCGAUACGAGCGAAUUAAUAAAUAAAGUGACAGUUUCGGGUAAAGCAAGCGCUGAAGAGAUAAAAGAAAAGAUGGAACAACAAUUGAGAAUUCAACGCGCCGCUCAUCAACAGAAAAGAGCGUUAGAGAUCAAGAAUUCGCCAGGACAGAUAAUCAAAAUGGUCGGAAGUACUGCGCAAGCUGCCACUACUACAACUACAAAACCGAGCACCACAAACACUCCAAUACAACCUAAAGUGACAACAACGCCGGAUGGACAAAUGAAGAUUGUAAAAAAUAUAGCCAAUCAAGCUGUCGUUAGUGGUAAAACAACAUUGACUUCUUUAUUGACGUCAAAUAGUAAUAAACUAGUUGGUCGUCGAUUACUAAUGACAAAAGCAGCAGAUGGUACGACAAGAGUUGUCGCCAAUGCAGCCAGUAUCUUGCCGAAAAAUGUUCAAAAUACUCAACAGUCGCUUAUUAAAGUGCAAACGACGGGAGCUCAGCCGACUCUGCAGACAGUUCAAAUACAGCAGCCGGUCACCAGCACUUCAACGCCGGUCAAACAGACUGAAACCCCACAAAGGGUCCAAAUAAUGCGAACACCUGAUGGUCGCAUUACCGUAAAAGGUCUUUUACCGGGUCAGCAAUUGGUCCAAUAUCCGGAUGGUAAACUCCAGGUGAUGACCAGCGCCCAAUUACAACAGUCUGGAUUAACCGUUAAAACACCAACACCUACUCAAACACCCGCUAAACCAACGAUUAAACCAUCAUCAAAUACUCCCAUAGGUAAGGUGGUUAUGCAGGGAAAUCAACUGAAACCGGCCAAUCAACAAAACGCGAGUCCGGUUAAAACGCAACAAGUCAUCGUUAAAACACCCGGAAGUUCAGUUGUUCAAAAAGUCGGCACUCCAAAUACCGUUGUAGUGAGCGGCGGUCAAGUCAUACAGCAGCAAGUUGUGAUUAGCGGAAAUCAAGUCAUCGGGACGCCAACUGGUCAACAGGUUAUAACGAAUCAAAUUGUGGUUAACAAUCAGAGUUUGGCUCAACAGAUCGCUUCCGGUAAAGUACAAAUGGCCACGAUAAACGGCCAACAAGUCUUAAUCCGGCCGACCGGAAACAAUCAAGCUCAAGUCGUAGCUCAAUUGACUCCGGGUAGCUUGACUCAGCUGAAUUCAGGUCAAACUGUAGCCACGCCGAUCAAGCAAACCGGGUCUCAACAACAAACAGUUGAAACAAAAACACCUCAAACUCCUGUUAAAACUCCAGUGGCGCGCGAAAAUGCGAAUCAGAAUGAUCAAGCAACCAUUGAACAGCUUUUGGCGGGACAACCGCCUGGAACUGUAAUUAAAUGUGUGACUGCACAGGUGAUACAAACUGCGCAAGGACCAAGAAUAGUAUUACAGGGGUUACAAGGGGCCGAUUUUACGGCUCAGCAGUUGGCUGCAGUGCAACAGCAAGUCAAGCAACAACUGCUCAAGGCGCAAGCUUCAACCGGAAAGCAAGGGGUUUUGGGACCGACUAAGAUAUAUCUCGCCGUGCAACCGAGUAAUUCCGAAGGACAAUCCGAGGGUGUUUCGAGUCAACCGCCGCCGUUAGCUCCCGUCCAGCAGUCUGUCGUACAAUCGCUCGCGACUCCAGUGAAAGGACAACAAUCGAACGUCGUCAAACAGACUGUUUCAACAGUACAGCAGGUAUGCAACGUAAUCCCCAAGCCCAAGGUGAUAGUGCAACCUGCUAAUCAGACGAACGAAAAUGUGGCAACUUCGGGUCGUCAAGUGCUUGUCAAUGGGCAGCAGUCGCAAACUUCUGCUCUGCUCCAAGCGAUGAAAGCGAAUAUGGAGUCCAAUCAGAGUGUCACAACAUCGUCACAACAGCAACAAACCGCUUCUAAUGAUCAGAAUAAGCAGUUUGUCGUUACUCCUGAUUAUAUUCAACAAACCAUAAAAACUGCACUUAAACAAGAAAACCUUAAUCCUGAAAUCGAAGAGAAACUGUUGCAACUUCAACGAUAUCAAGAAAAACAAAUGAAGCAAGAACCGGACAUUCCAACACCAAUAGCCAAAGUUAACACUCCGAUACCGGUUAGUAACACGCGUUUUAACGUGGCGCGCAAGCGGACUCCUAGUGCUAGCAGAAAUGAUGACAGCGAUUGGGUUAUGGAGACGCCGAAGCGAUCCAGGCCCAAUAGAAACAGCGAAAAUAAAAAAAUUGACGAUAUACAUGAAUCCAACAAAGAGAAAAUUAUAUCGCCACGAGCCCGCGUCAAAUUAAAAGAAACUGAACCCGAUCGCAAAGUUACCCAAAGAACAAAGAUAUUGGUCAGUCUAUAUCGCCAGAAGGAAUUCCUCAAGAAAGACAUUUUGCGAAAGCGAGCUUUACUCGAAAAAGAAUUGCAGUAUGAAAUUCAGAAAGAAGUAGCGGAGGAAUUAGCUGCCAGGACAAAAAUUGAACGAACCAAACAAGAUGAGGUCCGCACCGGUAGCAGUAAAAGAAAGUCGGCUGCGACUGCCACCACCGCCGUUAUCCCUCAAGCAUCGAAAUCUGCACGUCAUAAGAAGGGCCAAAGGCAGAGUCAGGCAGCCCAAUCGACGGCGGCCCAAAGAAGUGGCAUUAAGAAGGAAAAAUUGUAUUGCAUUUGUCGGACGCCGUACGACGAGACAAAGUUCUAUGUCGGUUGUGAUUUAUGUAAUAAUUGGUUCCAUGGGGAUUGUGUGGGGAUCACCGAGGAAAGUAGUAGGACACUUACAGAGUUCGUCUGUGAGGAGUGCAAACAGGCGAAAGAUACAGAAAAGUUGUAUUGUUUGUGUCAGCAGCCGUAUGAUGACUCACAAUUCUAUAUCUGUUGCGACCGAUGUCAGGAUUGGUUCCAUGGUCGAUGCGUGGGAAUUUUACAGUCAGAGGCCGAUAAUAUUGACGAGUAUGUUUGUCCGCGGUGUCAGAGGAACUCGUCGGUAAAUUUCGCAAAUAUGAAGGAUUUGUCACAAAAGGACUUUGAGGCGUUGAAAAAGUUAAUCAAACAGUUACAGGCUCAUAAAAGCGCUUGGCCGUUUAUGGAGCCGGUGGAUCCAACUGAGGCUCCAGAUUAUUAUAAAGUGAUCAAAGAGCCAAUGGAUCUCCAAAAAAUUGAAAGCAAAAUAAAUGAUCAAAGUUAUACAAAGUUGAGUGAAUUUAUAGGGGAUAUGACGAAAAUUUUCGAUAACUGUCGAUAUUACAACCCAAAGGAAUCUCCGUUCUUCAAGUGUGCAGAGUCUUUAGAAGCUUAUUUUGUGAAUAAGAUAAAAUGCUUAAGAGAUAAAUUUAUGGAGACCAACAAAUGAUUUAUUUCUUAAUAAGCUUUUUUUAAUUUUAGGCAAUAAGUGCGUACACGAGAUUUCAAGUUGAUUGGUAAUAGAUCUCAGCUUGGAAAUUGUAUAACCAACUUGAAAUCUUUACAUUUUUUUGUAUAUAAGUUGUGAAUAUAUGUACGAAUGCGAUUUAAGUUUAGAUUUAGAUAGUUGGAACAUAUUUUUAAAACUGUAUUAUUUAUAUUUAAAUUAAUAAACUUGUUUAAGUUUUUUUAAAUUAUUUUUGGAGUUCAUGAUGUAGUGUAUUUAUAUAAAACAUAAAUAUAUAAAGCAUCUAUUCAGAUAUAGUUAGUGCCAUUGUAGAUAUUGUGUUAUUUAACAGAGUCUUCUUAAGUUUGCACAUAUGAAAUUUUUAUAUUUAGUCGGUAUUCUAUCGACUUUUAACAGUAAAUAUAAUAUUUACAUUA